CAGAAAGGACAGACACCAAGUACAACCAGUGUAGAGUACAAGGGGACAUGUUUUCCUCCUUCAGGGAUUUUAUUUGAGCAACUUUAAACAGAAUUAUUUGAUGAUGAGACGUCAUAUCCAGUCCUCUCGUCCCCCGCGCCAUGUUGGUCACCGCCACUGCGACAGCUGUUUCAGCCGGCGCUGCAAGGCCCCCGUGGAGAUCUCCGUGUCCUGCGCGCUCAUCCCCUGCAGUCUGAUGUGUGGAGCCCUGUUCCACAUGUGCAAACAGGAGGAGCACGCACUGCUCUGCCCCAAUGAGAAGGUGCCGUGCCUCAACGCCGACUUCGGCUGCCCGCUAAACAUGCCUCGUUCCCGGCAGGCUGCUCACCUGCAGGACUGUCCGGCAAGCGUGGUGUGCUGCACCAUGGAUUGGAUUCGCUGGCCGGCCGACGAGGCCUACGCAAACACGCACCCUGAUGUCCACGCACCUGUGCACACCCUGCAUGAGAACCUGCUGAAGGAGGAGAAGGAAAAAGAACAGCUGGAUCUGGCCAUGGCCCUGAAUGACCAAAGACAACUGUACGCCCGAUUGAAAAUGAAGACCCUCUACCCAGAGAUGACCAUAAAGGAGGAAGGGGAGGAGGAGGAAGAGGCGGUGAAGAAAAAGCCGAAGAAAGAGGACUGGGCCACGGUGCGUCUAGGAGCUGUUACCCAGAAUGCUGCGGAUGAAGAGACGUCAAAUCAUAUCCAAUCUGAUGCCCCAGAAACGGCGGUGACAGACCUUUCAGAUUAUUCUCUGGAGGAAGAGGAGGAGGAAGAUGCGGGAGAGGUGGAAUCGGCUGGAGCCAUAAACCUUGAAAGAUACAACCGAUAUGAGAGGAUGUUUAGCAUGGAUAGAAGAGCCUGUGAACUGGCCCCUAAAAUGGUGGCCAAGGGUAGAGAGGGGAUGGAGUGGAGCCAGUGGAUGGAGAUGGAGAAGCAGUCGUGUAUAGAGAAGAAGGAGAGGAGAGAGGCACUGGAAAGGGAAAAGGGAACUGGGCCAAAGGAGGAUCCCAGUGUUUCAAGGGGUGCUCAGGCCAAAUAUACUCCGGAAGAGAGCACUCCCACGGGAAUGGCCCCAUGGCAAGCUGGUGUCCUGGAGCGCAUGGCCAAGGAGGCCACACCCCAAGAGUAUAACAUGUACCUGGUGCACCACGGACGCAUGCUACUCUCCUUCGGCCAGAUAGAUGCCUGCACGCCCCGGGAGAGAGACUUUGUCUACGGAAACAUAGAGCCCAUACCAGUUCAGUCACUGCACUCAUUCAAGGUUCCUGACAGCUUCCGUGAGAAGCACCGCAGUGUCCACUACUAUGACGCCUCACUCCGUGCUGAGAGUACCUGGGCCUGUGUAGACACAUCUGACCUGGGGGCUGGAACAGAGAGCUGGUGGACAGACGAGACUGAGAGCACUCUUUUGGGCUAUGCAGAGAGAGAAGUCAUGGGGCAUCAGAUCAGUGAGACGUGUGGACAGGAUGGACUGUAUGUGGACAUGGGGAUGCAGACCUACUCUUUCAAGACAGCCCCAUUCCAACGAGACACGACAUUAGCAGACCUGACGAAAGACAAGCCUCUGAAGCUCCGCCUCCAGCUGCAAGCGGACAGCACAUCCAGCCGCCACAACAAGGCUUGCUCUGCCUUCACCUUCCUCUGUGGACACUACUUCCAACGCAGGGAAUUCCCCAAACACUUCAGGAACGUGCACACAGACAUUCAGACGUGUGUCAACGGCUGGUUUGAGCAGAGGUGUCCACUGGCCUACCUGGGCUGCACCUAUAGCCAGAGAAGAUUACAGCCCUUUAGACAACCUGCCACUGUCACAUACAACCAAGAACUGAGCAUCUUCAACCUCCGACCCAACCUACCAGCCACUCUAGAGGAGGCACCAAACCCCCCAAAAGCCUUUAAGUCCCAGCCUGUCCCAAAACUCAGUAGGCGAAAGUCAAAAGGCGGAGGGGACGGGAAUUCUCUGAGUGCUCUGCCCUAUGAGGUGUUGUGCCAUGUAGCCAGGUUCUUGGACAGCUUCUCUCUGUCUCAACUGGCCCUGGUUUCCCACCUCAUGAGGGAUGUGUGUUCCUCUCUGCUGCAUGAGAGGGGGAUGGUUACCCUCUUCUGGGAGAAGAAAUGUUAUUCAAAAGGCGUAGCCAAGUGGAAAUCCAAAGCGGUGUGGCAGUUCAGUCAUCUGUUCUCGACAGUGGAUUCAUGGCGUUUUAUAGAUGAUGUACCGUCCAUGUCGGAGCACCUGAAGACGUGUCCCUACUACCAAACCUGCGUGCCGCCAAAGCCAAUGGCCCUGCCAAGCAUGAGUCAAGUACAGGGCAGAAAACAAAAGAAGGACAACCAGCAGAGACAGAGCCUGGUUGCUCAGUUCAUGGUCAACAGAUAAGGGAAAAUAUAAAGUAUGCUGAUGUUACCUGUAAGUCUUCCCUCACCAGCCUCCUUUACUGACGGUCCACCCUUGGAGCACAAACAGAACAAAUUAAACAGUUUGUCCUAAAACGCAAUCUAUUUCUCCCUGAAAUUUUGAGAAAUUGAGAUUAAUUGAAAAAGCAUAUUGUGAAGGAGAGCUGUAAUGUUUUUUUUCACUUCAUCAUGAAUUUGGUGUGUUUAAUUAAAUUCCUUCAAAAUGCAAUAAAUUGUGUUGAAUUGAAUUACAGUAAGUUGGGAUGAAUUUAACAGAGACACAUAAUCAAACUAUUAUGCUAAGCAAUACACUGUAUAAUUCUCACUCUGAUUUAUAUGUAAUACUACUAGGUUUCACACAGUCAAACAUAUUAAACUGUACAAACUGAACUACUGUGAGGUUAAUAUUUGAAAAUGUGUUUUAACAAAAUGCAUUAGUACAGUAAUAUGAGAUCUCUAAGUAAAAUAUUUAAUUCCAUGAUUUUUGUCCUUAGCUAAUGAUCUUAUCCAGAGCGACUUACAGUGCAUUUGACUAAUGAAUGCUACAGUAGUAAAAACACAUCACAUUCUAAUAUUGAGUAGACAAACAUUCCACAUCACCUAAAUUAUGAAUUUUAUGGGCAAAAAGAUAAGUAAAGCACACCUAAAGUAAAUGUUUACUAGGUUUAUGACUGACAGCAACAAAACUUCAUAUGCACGUUCUUUCUCUAAACAUGGCACUUGACCUUAAAUCCUCCAAGGAAACUUAGCUAGUAAAAUAAGGGUAUGAAGUAAACAAAUAAAACAAACAAUGGGCAAUACUUUUUAAGAAGUAUCAACACAAUUAUGUUGUUGUAAAAAUGUUUAAGUAAUUUUAGCCUGAAGUUCUGAACGUUACAUUCAAGAGCCUAUGUGGGAUGUCGAAAGUACUACGCCACUAUGUGCAGAUAGCCUACUAUAACCCCACUCUUUCUACAAACCUCACUGGCAGGAAUUCAAUUUGCAGUUCUCAAAAUAGCACCACAGUUGCUAUUAAAUGAUGGUGUUUUCGCCAUCUGGUAAAUUCUGUAAGUGAAUGAGGUAUUAGGUAGACCUAGUUGCUAAUGUUCUAGAGAGUGUCUUUAAAGUAAGUGUUUAUUAUUCAAAACCUAUACAUUUCAAAUAGAUAACCUAUGUAAUUCUGGGUGAUCCUGCUCUGAACCUAAUAUGCACUGCUGCUCAUUGUGGACUGGUGACAAAUAUAGCCUCUUCAAAAUGUAUUCCUCCAUCUUGACUUACAGCAAAUGUAUAACUUGUAUUUUAUAGAUAAUUACCAAAGUUUAUGACUGGUGGAUGAUACCUUGUAAUUGUAAAGGAGCUUCCAUUGUCCUAUCAAAUCUGUACAUUAUGUACACUGUACCCUGAACAUACAGUAUAGUUGAUUGGUCUUGAAUGUUCUUCUCAAUAAAAGUCUUAUACCUUCAAA